AUGACGAAAGAGACACCCGUGAAGAGUACAGCCCCACCAACGUAUAAAUUUAAAGUAAACAAAGAAUAUUCGAAUCAUAAGCCCAGGAUGCUCACCCCACCUCGUCGAAAAGCGGUCCAUAAUUUCUACGAGUUUCAAAAAAAGUGCCUGGAACUCUCAGCAGAUUAUUACCAGGGCAUCGCCAAUUUGAUGCGAGAAACCGACGUUACUCUAUUCAUAUCACCACUUAACCAGGGUGAUCCGCUUCAAAUAAUCAAUGAAACUGGGAUGGUGAUCAGCGGUAUGCUUAACCCACCAUCGACUACGUAUGGUGGCGGUCCGGGCGUUGUUAAGCAUAGGGAAAUAAAUAACGGUGAUAACGUCCAAGAAUCGGAAGGCGGGUCAAAUAAACAAGCACAAAGGAAUAAACGAGCGCCUCGACAAUUAUGGGGAGAAGAGGAAGUAGCGAGACUUAAAUCAUCUUUUAGGAAAUAUCAGGGGGAUUGGGAGGCAAUCAUAAAGGAAUUUGAACCUGAUAGAACUAGAAUACAGAUUUUUCAAAAGGCGCGACAGAUUGGCCUCCGCGCUGUUGAGGCUGGCCGAAUAAUUGACAUGAGUAAACAAUCUACAUCUGCUGCCGACCCUGAACAGGCAAAUGCUAAUACGGAUGAAGUCAUGUCUUAUGUACAAAAUAUUAGCAGUGAUCAAGACAAGGAAAACGAAUUUGACGGCACGUGGAAUGAAUCUUCAGCAGAGGGCAUGGGCGAGGUUAGCUUAAUAAUGAGUACUAUUGUCGAUGGCUUGACGCCCGAAUUGUGA